AUGGCAAUUAUCAAAGACCAACACAUGCGUGCAGCAAUGUGGGGUCUAUUUGUCUUGGGCCUAGCUCACGUUGAGUUCACAACACCCUUCAAACGUCGCUGCUAUACCGCAUACAAAUACGCUGUGCUUAUAUUUUUCCUCUGCUUCAAUCUCUCCGAAAUCAUCGAGAUUCCUAUCGUCUACAUGGAGAAGCGCUACUCGCAUCUCAUCGAAAAUCUCUCUGUAACUCUGUUAUACAUUAGCAGUUGUAUUAAAUUUUUUACUCUCAUGGCUCCACGUAUCAAAUAUUUGGUACACGAUGUACGCGCUGUUGAAAAAGUCAUCCUUGAAGGAGAAGACGAGACAAUGAAGACAAUAUUUGAGAAAUAUCGAAGUUACAAUCAGAAAUUGUCGAUUUUGAUUCUAUUUCUUGGAGUUUUUACGAUUGUUUUGUGGUUUGUUAACCCUGCUUUGAAUUAUCUCGAUUGGAUUUAUUCUGAGCGCGAUGAAAACGAGAUUUAUCAACGAACGUUGAUAUUUGGUUCUUGGUUUCCGUUUGAUUGGAGAAAUCAUUAUUGGAUUGCGUAUUUUAUUCAAUUUAUGGGUGGGACUUAUGGGGCUACUAUAACUGUUGCUCCGGAUGCUUUCUUGUGGAGUUUUAUGACUUUUGCGCUGAUGAAUUUAGAAAUUUUGAAGUAUAAAAUUGAAAAUAUUACUAAUCAUGUUAAAGCAACUAUGGCAGUGAAUGGCUGGAUGAGUCAACGACAAGCAAUGAGACUUGUUGUUAACAAAUGCAUAAUGUUACAUAAAACUAUUAUCAGUUUUGUAUAUAAUCUGGACCAAGCUAUGAAUUUCCUUAUGCUAAUCGAUUUCUUCAUUUGUUCUGCACAAAUCGGAGCGUCAGUUCUUCGAGUUCUCUUCUUUGGUAAUGAAAAACUCAUGAUGUUCUCGGCCGUUGAAUAUUUAGCAGGAAUACUAAUCCAAAUGAUGUUAUUUUACUGGCAUGCCAAUGAAAUUCUUUUAGAAAGCCAAAAUAUAGCAGAAACAAUUAUCUGCAGUGAUUGGUACAAUUACGAUGAAGAAUUUAAGAAAGAUUUCCAGUUUGUUAUGAUGAGAUCUCAAAAGCCAUUAUUGUUAAAUAUUGGAGCAUUUUUUUACAUGUCUACAUCAGCCGCAAUUAGUAUUUUACGAGCGGCAUACUCUUACACUGCAUUGAUGCGACAAGUCUACUAA